GCCGUUCUGACCGGAAAGCGGAAGCUGCGCGCGGCACGUGGGGGAGGUGCCGGUCCGAAGGCUCCGGGUCCCCGCGGGUCGUGGGACUUGAGGUUGGCGCCUGCGACAGCAGAGGAGUUGGGGCGGGGCACGCGUGACUGGAGGGACAUCCCGGAGUCCAGAGACCGGCUGAGCGUCAUGGAGGGCUCAGGGGAUCAGCCGAGCCCACAGCCAGCGCAUCCCGGGGAUCACCGCAUCCGCGACGGCGACUAUGUGGUGCUGAAACGGGAAGAUGUGUUCAAAGCGGUGCAAGUCCAGCGGAGAAAAAAAGUGACUUUUGAAAAACAGUGGUUCUACCUGGAUAAUGUCAUUGGCCAUAGUUACGGAACCACGUUUGAAGUGACCAGUGGAGGAAGUCUUCAGCCCAAGAAGAAGAAGAAGGAGGAGCCUACUUCAGAGACUAAAGAAGCAGGCAUUGAUAAUCGAAAUAUAAUUGAUGAUGGGAAAUCUCAAAAACUUACUCAAGAUGACAUAAAAGCUUUGAAGGACAAGGGCAUUAAAGGCGAGGAAAUAGUUCAGCAGUUAAUUGAAAAUAGUACAACAUUCCGAGACAAGACAGAAUUUGCUCAAGAUAAAUAUAUAAAAAAGAAGAAAAAGAAAUACGAAGCCAUCAUUACUAUAGUGAAGCCAUCUACCCGUAUUCUUUCAAUUAUGUAUUAUGCAAGAGAACCUGGAAAAAUUAACCACAUGAGAUACGAUACCCUAGCCCAGAUGUUGACGUUGGGGAAUAUCCGUGCUGGCAACAAAAUGAUUGUGAUGGAGACAUGUGCGGGCUUGGUGCUGGGUGCAAUGAUGGAGCGAAUGGGAGGUUUUGGCUCUAUUAUUCAGCUGUAUCCUGGAGGCGGGCCUGUUCGGGCAGCAACAGCUUGUUUUGGAUUUCCCAAAUCUUUCCUCAGUGGUCUUUAUGAAUUCCCCCUCAACAAAGUGGACAGCCUUCUAAAUGGCACAUUUUCUGCUGAGAUGUUAUCUUCAGAGCCCAAAGAUAGUGCUUCGGUUGAGGAAAGUAAUGGUGCACUGGAGGAAAAACAGACUUCUGAGCAGGAGAAUGAAGACAGCAUGGCAGAGGCCCCAGAAGAACAAGAACACAUGGAAAUUGUUUCUCAAGAUCCAGAAUAUAAGGAGCCUAAAGAGAAAGGAAGCAAAAAAGAUUAUAUUCAGGAAAAACAAAGGAGACAAGAAGAACAAAGGAAAAGACAUUUAGAAGCCGCUGCUCUGCUGAGUGAACGAAAUGCCGAUGGUUUAAUCGUAGCUAGCCGUUUCCAUCCGACUCCACUGCUAUUGUCUUUGCUGGACUUUGUGGCUCCGUCCAGGCCGUUCGUGGCCUACUGUCAGUAUAAAGAGCCCCUGUUGGAAUGCUACACGAAACUACGGGAGAGGGGAGGGGUCAUCAACCUCAGGCUGUCGGAAACCUGGCUCAGAAACUACCAGGUUCUGCCAGAUCGAAGUCAUCCCAAACUGCUAAUGAGUGGAGGUGGGGGGUACCUCCUCUCAGGCUUCACUGUUGCCAUGGACACCCUUAAAGCAGACACCAGCCUCAAAUCGAACGUGAGCACUUUAGAGUCAUGCAAGACCGAGGAGCCGGCAGCUAAGAAACAGAAAUGCUCGGGGUCCGAUUCUUAACCCUUUAAGAAUGGCUUUGAUUUUUGUUCUCAGGCGUUACACAGUUAGUAAUUAAACUUUAAGUGUCAUUACUAAUUGUUCUUCGCAUCCUAAAAAUAAGAACAUUCUAUUCACCUAUUUCUGGGAAGGAGGAAUGAACCUUUUUUCACCUCUGACACUGAUGGGGUUGGUCUGUCACGCCUUAACUCCGAGGUAUGCAGUCCAUUGAUGUGACCAGUUUUGUUUAUUUAACAAAAAUC